AUGGGAGCUCUUUUGCAGCUAGAAGUUGAAGGCUCGGGUUUCUUAUACAGACAAGUCCGAAACAUGGUGGCUUUAUUGCUUCAAGUAGGUAAGGAAGCGACUCCUCCGGACAUUGUUCCACAUAUUUUGGCAAGCCGAGAUCGCAGGGAGCUUGCAAAAUACGCGUUUUAUCUUCCACCGCAUGGUCUUUGUCUUGUUUCUAUCAACUAUAAUGAAAGUCACUUGUUGCCUCCACCAGGUUGCCCUGCAAAAAGUUUUGGUAUGCAUCGUUCCAUAAGAAAAUGCAAAGCUGUAUUUUUGGACUGA